UUUCGUCUACUCGAGCUUCUCUCAUUUUAUCUCUCCUUCUCUUUCUUCUUCUUCACUCUCGAUACCUUUUUCCUUCUUCUUACAAGCUCUCAGAUCUACAGAGUCUCAUUCUCUUCUUUUGAUCCCUCUUCAUCUUGGUUUAUGAGCUCGAAGGAGAAACCCACUCUCGGAGGUACGCGGAUUAAGACCCGCAAGCGGAACAUUGCUGCUCCUCUGGACCCUGCUGCUUUUUCUGAUGCAGUGGUCCAGAUUUACCUGGAUAAUGCUGGUGAUCUGGAACUUGUUGCCAAAAGUGUUGAGUCAUCAGAUCUUAAUUUCUCAAGAUACGGUGACAUCUUCUUUGAGGUUGUUUUCAUAGGAGGACGUACACAACCUGGAACAGUGAAACCUGAUGAGGGUGAACGCCAUCCUUACUCUGUAAUCGAUUGUGAACCCAAGCGUGAAGCCAUUUUACCAUCUGUUGUCUAUAUACAGAAAAUUCUGCGGAGGAGGCCGUCCCUCAUAAAGAACCUUGAAAAUGUUACACGGAGGUUCCUGCAGUCGCUGGAGCUUUUUGAGGAAAAUGAAAGGAAGAAGCUUGCGAUCUUCACAGCACUUGCCUUUUCCCAGAAGCUCUCAGGAUUACCUCCAGAGACUGUCUUCCAGCCUUUGCUCAAGGAUAAUCUUGUUGCCAAAGGGAUAGUGCUCACGUUCGUAACAGACUUCUUCAAGGAGUAUUUGGUUGAGAACAGUCUUGAAGACUUGAUUUCCAUUCUGAGGCGUGGUAAAAUGGAAGACAACCUUGUGGAUUUCUUACCACCCGUGAGGCGAUCUGCCGAAAGCUUUGCUGAGCAUUUUACGAAUGAGGGAUUGCCUGACCUAGUAGAGUACCAUGCAAAGAAAAUGCUUGAGGUGAAACUGAAGGAGAUCAAAACUGUUCUUACAAGCAAAGUCACAGAGGAAAGUAGUGUAGAUGAAGUCAUUGAAACUGUGAAGCAGCUGGUCAAAGAUGCAAAGUUGCCAGAGAUUGAGGUUGUGCGUGUCAUUUGGGAUGGUUUAAUGGAUGCUGUUCAGUGGUCUGGAAAAAACCAGCAGCAAAAUGCAAAUUCUGUACUGCGCCAGGUUAAAGCAUGGGCUCCACUUCUGAACACGUUUUGCAGCAGCGGAAAGCUAGAGCUGGAACUGAUGUACAAAAUCCAAAUGCAAUGCUACGAGGAUGCAAAGCUUAUGAAAGUUUUCCCAGAAGUAGUGAGGUCGCUCUAUGAACUGGAUGUUCUCGCUGAAGACACCAUUCUCCAUUGGUUCCGUAAAGGAACCAACUCAAAGGGCAGGCAAACCUUUGUGAAAAGCCUAGAGCCAUUUGUGAAUUGGCUUGAAGAGGCGGAGGAAGAAGAGUGAGUGGAAACCAUGUUUCUAAUAAAAAAACAAGCAAUGAAGUUUUUAUUUAGCUCAAGACAAUAAUAACUCGAGAGUUUUUCUUCUAUGUUCUACUCUUUUGCUGCACUCUGCUUUUGUUGAAGUAUUUUUGCUUGGCAAUAAGUCUUGCUUUGAGAUGAUUAUGUUUCCCUCUUUUGUUGAAGAUUUGUCAGUUUCUGUUUUCCA